UGAAGUAUGCUGAUAAUGCUUAGUGACAUUAGCCAUUUAUCUAAUAUCUUGCUUUCUUUGUUCUUAACUGCAAUCUUUUACUUCCCUGUCCAGGACCCAACUGAGCAGGUGGCCAUUGACAACUUCAUGGUUCAACAACUUGAUGGAACUCAGAAUGAGUGGGGUUGGUGCAAGCAGAAGCUCGGGGCAAAUGCCAUCCUGGCUGUAUCUCUCGCAGUUUGCAAAGCUGGUGCGGCUGUAAAAAACAUUCCACUUUACCAGCACAUUGCUAACCUUGCUGGUAACAAGAAAUUGGUUCUCCCAGUUCCGGCUUUCAAUGUGAUUAAUGGUGGAUCACAUGCAGGGAAUAAACUCGCUAUGCAGGAGUUCAUGAUUCUUCCUGUUGGAGCUUCAUCUUUCAGAGAGGCCAUGAAGAUGGGUGUGGAAGUAUACCACCAUUUGAAGGCUGUGAUUAAAAAGAAGUAUGGUCAGGAUGCAACAAAUGUUGGUGAUGAAGGUGGCUUCGCUCCUAAUAUCCAGGAGAAUAAGGAAGGUCUUGAAUUGCUAAAGACAGCCAUUGCAAAAGCUGGCUACACUGAAAAAGUCGUUAUUGGAAUGGAUGUUGCUGCAUCUGAAUUUUAUGGAUCUGAUAAAACCUAUGACUUGAACUUCAAAGAAGAGUCCAACGAUGGUUCUCAAAAGAUUUCUGGUGAAGCUCUCAAGGAUCUGUACAAGUCAUUUGUUUCUGAGUACCCUAUUGUGUCAAUCGAAGAUCCGUUCGACCAAGAUGACUGGGAGCACUACGGCAAGCUAACUAGUGAAAUUGGAGAACAAGUUCAAAUUGUGGGAGAUGAUCUCUUGGUUACUAACCCUAAGAGGGUUGAGAAGGCAAUUAACGAGAAGGCUUGCAAUGCUCUUCUUCUCAAGGUUAACCAAAUUGGAUCAGUAACCGAGAGUAUUGAAGCAGUUAAAAUGUCCAAGCAAGCUGGCUGGGGUGUGAUGGCCAGUCACCGCAGUGGUGAGACGGAGGACACUUUCAUUGCUGAUCUUUCAGUGGGUUUGGCAACGGGUCAAAUUAAGACGGGAGCACCAUGCAGAUCUGAACGUCUAGCAAAAUACAAUCAGCUCCUGAGAAUUGAGGAGGAGCUUGGUUCAGAGGCAGUCUAUGCUGGAGCUCAAUUCCGCAAGCCCGUUGAACCUUAUUAGACUUGAGAAGCCAUGGAUGAGGGAUUGCACCCGAUAGCGAGCUUUUAUGUCCCAAGGAAUAAAGUUUUAUGCUUUGUUCUUACUCAAUAAUUUUGACGACAAAAAAAAAAAAAAAGGUUUUGAUAUAAGGAGCUUUAGAGACUGCCAGCCGAAUCUAGAUACUUGGUAAUUUAUGUUGAGAGCAUGUUUGUGAGAACUUUUUUUUGAGCUCCAUAAUUGUGAAAUGAAUUGUAGUUGUGGUGCGUUUUAACUUAUUUGAAAUGGUUGCCGGGUGCAUCCUGAGAAUUUUUCUACUA